CGCAUGGGCAUGACAGAGUAUGUGUGUUAGUCUGGUCUUGUAAAAUUAUGAAACCUAAUGGGAUUUGAGAAGUUGUGGGUUUAUUAGACCUUAUUGCCUUCUCUCUCUUUUUUUUCCAAGUUUUUUACUGUUCUUGGAUGCUUUUGAAGCUUAUUUUGCUAAAUUCUUCUGGUAGGGUAGGAGAUAGAUAUGCAUUCUGGUUUACUAUAAUCAAUAGUUUUAUUUUUAUUUUUGAAUUGCUUAUAUUGCACUUAAGCCAUUCCAUGAUUGUAUUACGGCUACCAUGAUGUUUUUAAAGUGGUUGGGAAUUUGAAUUGAGGAUUUAGAGCUUUAUGAGGCUGAGCACCCGAAAAGCUAGAAUAAGUCAAGAUUAGUAGAUUUGGCUAUAAUUCCAUUGCAUAAUUUUUGUUGGUUAUUGAGUGGAGUAUCUAUUUACAUGAGAACAACGUUUAGAAGCUGUUUAUGUUCUUGGUUUCAUGCUCAUUAAUGGUGUCACUUUCUUCUAGCCACAUUUCUAUAUUUUUAUGUUGCUACCAUCAAUGUAAUACUUAGAAAGCUUUUGCUCCAUUGCCUUCAUCGUGGACUGGAUCCAUACAAGUUUUUGAAGGACGAAAUGCAUGUUCCAUGUUAUCGAUGGAAGGGAUUAAGUUAUGGCAAUGAACCAUGUUAGAUCGGUUAGAGGGAUCAUUGUUAACAAGGAGGCAAUUGGGGUGAUAUGCCAACGAACAUAUUCUGCUGGUAAAGCAAAGAAGGGCUCUAAAGGGAGUGCGGCCAGUGAUGCACCAAAAGCUUCAAUUCUUAGCAAAGAAGUCAAGUCUACUACAGUGGUUGGUGCCAAUAUCCUCAAGGAUGGGGCAGACCCCAAGAUCCUGGCUGAUUCUGAAUACCCUGAUUGGCUGUGGCAUUUGCUCGAUAAACGCCCAGCAUUGAGUGAAUUAAGGAGGAAGAACAUUGAAACUCUCCCUUAUGAAGAUCUCAAACGCUUUGUUAAACUGGACAACCGAGCAAGGAUCAAGGAAAACAACUCCAUUAAGGCUAAGAACUGAGAAAGAAAAUUGGUUAAUAGGCAUUACUACUUUGUGAAGUGUGAUUCAUUUAUAUGUUCUGGGAUUCAUUUUUAUGUUCUGGGAUUCCUUCGAGUGAUUAACCUGGAUGUGUGGAAAUGGUCAUAUGGGAUCAGGACAGAGCAGAAGUGAUUGGCAUUUCUCUGUAGCUUCAGGCACUUUUUUGUUUACUUUCUAGAUUUACCAAGUUUAAUGGUAUAAAAAGACUUGGUAAAAAGAUCUGAUAUGUUGUCGCUUGCGAUGUGGCAGAACCCUACCAUAGUAUUACCUUUUGCUUAACAUUAUAAUGGGACUGGGUUGUACAGUCUCUUUGUGGUUUUUUAGGUGGUCUUGGGUUAUGAUCAUCUUUCUUUAUGGUAGGAUUUGUGUUCAUUGAUGUUUUGACUGUUUGACAAAACCACAAUAAUAAUCCUCUAGUUAUGUGCCU